GGCAACAACGCCGUGUUGGCCUGUCUCUGUCAGAAAAUCCCAAUUGCCGCAUGGUAAAGCACCUAUUGGUGCAAUUUAUUUAUUUAUCGCUGCAACUCGAGAUUCAUUUUUGAGAUUGCAUCAGUCGUGAAACAACCCUUUUACAGGCAACAUUAAUCAAGAUGAGCGGUGAUAACAAAGCCCCAAUUUAUACUUCUGACAAGCAUGGAAAUGAUGAAACCGGCGAUGGUUCUGAAGGAAAACCAUUCAAAACAAUCCUGCAGGCCAUGCGAAAGGCUGGACAAGAGCCCUUCCCUGUGAUCUAUGUGGAUGGAAAAGAAGAGGGUGUAAAAUAUGAUGUGGCUGCUAAGUCACAGCUGAAGAAAAUUCAAAAGAUUUGGGUAAGGGAGAACUACAAACAAGCAGACAAAACGAAGAAGGAUGAGGAGGAUGCUGAAAAAAGGGAGAAAAAUCUUGAAGAAGCUAAGAAAAUUGUUAUCAGUGAAGAUGCUUCAUUGCCAAAAGCACAAAGAAUUAAAAUUGUUGAUGGUGAAAAACACAGAGGAGGGAGAGUAAAAAUCUAUGGCUGGGCUCAUAGAAUCAGGCGUCAAGGCAAGAACUUGAUGUUCAUCACUUUGAGAGAUGGAACUGGAUUCUUGCAGGCUGUACUUAAUGAUAUCCUCUGCCACACCUACAAUGCUUUAGUUCUGUCCACUGAGUCUUCAGUUGUACUCUACGGAAUUUUGAAGGAAGUACCAGAGGGAAAAACGGCACCUGGAGGUCAUGAGUUGCAUGUGGAUUACUGGGAAUUGAUUGGUUUGGCACCACCAGGAGGUGCUGAUUCGAUCCUCAAUGAACAAGCUUUACCUGAUGUACAAGCUGAAAAUAGACACAUUAUGAUCCGCGGAGAAAACACCUCCAAAGUACUAUUGAUGAGGUCCAUUCUUCUCAAAGCUUUCAGGGACCAUUAUCUGGACAGAGGUUAUUGUGAAGUAACUCCACCAUCCAUUGUGCAAACCCAAGUGGAAGGCGGUUCCACACUCUUUAAACUUGACUAUUUUGGGGAGGAAGCUUAUUUGACACAAAGUUCCCAAUUGUACUUGGAAACUUGUUUGCCAUCAAUGGGUGAUGUGUUUUGCAUUGCUGAAAGUUUCAGAGCUGAACAGAGCAGAACCAGAAGACACUUGGCAGAAUAUACUCAUGUGGAAGCAGAAUGCCCCUUCAUUUCGUUCGACGAUCUGCUUAACAGACUAGAAGAUUUGAUUUGCGAUGUUGUGGAUCGCGUUUUGAAGUCUCCCUAUGGACAUAUAGUGAAGGAAUUGAACCCCAACUUCCAAGUGCCCACGCGUCCAUUCAUGAGAAUGAACUAUGCUGAUGCAAUUACAUAUUUGAAGGAAAACAACAUUACCAAAGAAGAUGGUAGUUUCUAUGAAUUUGGAGAGGAUAUUCCUGAAAUGCCUGAAAGAAAAAUGACGGACCAAAUUAACAAACCGAUAAUGUUGUGCCGCUUCCCCGCCAACAUUAAAUCUUUCUACAUGAGCAAAUGCCCUGAAGACAACAGAUUAACUGAGAGUGUAGAUGUUCUUCUUCCAAACGUCGGUGAAAUCGUCGGAGGAUCCAUGAGGAUGUGGGAUCUGGAAGAACUUCUUGAAGGAUACAAACGUGAAGGAAUUGACCCAGCUCCUUAUUUCUGGUACACUGACCAAAGAAAAUAUGGAACUUGCCCACAUGGUGGAUAUGGUCUUGGAUUAGAAAGAUUUGUCUGUUGGUUACUCAACAGAUACCACAUCAGAGAAGUAUGCCUGUAUCCAAGAUACUUGCACCAUUGUAAACCUUAAUUUAUUUAAUUGUUAUUGAACGCAUUUAUAUUGUGCUUUAACCCUAUUGUACUGAAUUUUAUUUAAAUGAAGUUAAAGGGCAUUAGAAUUGCUCGUGUAAACACACAGUUUUUCAUAACUAAAUUAAUAAAAGAUUGAAUUAGAAUA